ACCAUUCCAAAAUUAAACUUCCAUCGACACGCAAUCUCCUAAAAUCAAGAGCAUAUAUUUCUCCGUUUUUCCCAAGUCUUCACUAGAACAGCCCAAAACGCUUGCAUCACUUUCAUAAUUACACAUUUCUCAACUGAUAUCGCAUUUCUCCUCUUUUUCUCUCUCCAUUUUACACAAUUUUUCCCUGAUGGGAACCGCUUUUAAGAACAUGCUUUCCACUUUUUUCCUUGUGCUCCUUUUGUCACCCUUGGUAAUGUCUGCAUCAAAUGAUGGCUUGGUUCGGAUUGGUUUGAAGAAGAAGAAGUUUGACCAGGUCAAUCGUUUAACUACUAAGGCUGAAGAGUCAAUGAAGAUGCCUAUGACGAGGUAUGGUCUUUCCAAUAAUCUGGCCGGCAAUGGUGAUGCGGAUAUUGUCCCUCUGAAGAACUAUUUGGAUGCUCAAUACUUUGGUGAGAUUGGUAUUGGUACUCCUCCACAGAAAUUCACUGUCAUAUUUGACACAGGAAGUUCUAACCUUUGGGUCCCUUCUUCCAAAUGUUAUUUUUCUAUUGCCUGCCUUCUCCAUUCUAAGUACAAUGCCAGGAAAUCAAGUUCAUACUGUAAAAAUGGGAAGAAGGCUGAGAUCCAUUAUGGUACUGGAGCCAUUUCAGGGUACUUUAGUACAGAUCAUGUUACCUUGGGAGAUCUUGUGGUCGAGAAUCAAGAUUUUAUUGAAGCAACAAGAGAGCCUAGUCUCACAUUUGUCGCUGCUAAGUUUGAUGGUAUACUUGGGCUUGGGUUCCAAGAAAUAUCUGUUGGCAAAGCUGUUCCAGUCUGGUACAAUAUGGUGAACCAGGGUCUUGUAAAGGAACCCGUGUUUUCCUUCUGGCUGAACCGAAACACUGAUGAGGAAGAGGGGGGUGAAAUUGUUUUUGGUGGGGUUGAUCCUAACCAUUACAUUGGGAAACACACAUGGGUUCCUGUGUCUCAGAAAGGCUACUGGCAGUUUGAUAUGGAUGAUGUGUUGGUUGCUGGCGAGACAACUGGCUUUUGUGCUGAUGGUUGUUCUGCAAUUGCUGAUUCUGGGACAUCUUUGUUGGCUGGCCCAAUGGCUGUGGUUGCUCAAAUUAAUCAUGCAAUUGGUGCCGCUGGGGUAGUUAGUGUGGAAUGCAAGACAGUGGUUGAACAAUACGGAAAACAGAUUCUGGAGUUGCUAUUAUCAGAGACUCAACCAAAAAGAGUGUGUUCCAAAAUUGGUUUAUGUAACUUCGAUGGCAAGCGAGACGUUAGUAUGGGCAUUGAAAGUGUGGUUGAUGUCAAUGUGGACAAGUCUUCUGGCGGUCUUCAUGAUGCCAUGUGCGGUGCUUGUGAAAUGGCUGUAGUAUGGAUGCAAAAUCAACUAAAACAAAAUCAGACUGAAGAACUAAUUUUGGAUUAUGCCAAUCAGCUUUGCGAUCGCCUUCCUAGUCCAAUGGGGGAAUCUGCUGUUGAUUGUAGCAAUCUAUCGACUAUGCCAUCUGUUUCAUUCACUAUUGCUGGAAAAACAUUUGAUCUCAGUCCUGAGGAGUACAUCCUGAAAGUGGGUGAGGGAGCUGCAGCACAAUGCAUCAGUGGAUUCACUGCUUUAGAUGUGCCCCCACCUCGUGGACCUCUCUGGAUCUUGGGGGAUAUUUUCAUGGGUCGAUACCACACGGUGUUUGACUAUGGAAACCUGAGAGUUGGAUUUGCUGAAGCUGCUUAAAACCUUUUAGGAUACAACUACACGUGUACAACUUCUAACCUUUUUAUAGGGUCACAUGUGGUGAAGUUCUGUGAAUGUUUGCUAAAUUGACGUUGCCUGUAUAUAUCGAAGGAUCACUGUAACUUUUAAAUUCCAGAGAUGGAUGAUGCCAGUACGAAAUCAGACUAAAGAAACGAUGAUGACUCUUAGAUCUUUCCGCUUUCUGCGUUAGAUUCAGUGCUUGCCUAAUACCAAAUGAUCUCUUGGUGUCUGGUUUUGUUAGUUGUCCAUUAAUCAGGGAAAUAAUCAAGUGGGUUAGUUUGCAUAAUUUGUACUUCAACUGUUUGUUAAAUAUUGCAAUAAUUCUCAAAUCUCAAAAUAGUUUCACAUAUAUUGCAUGCUCCCUUUUUAAGGAAAUGCAAUAUCUUUCAAAUGCAA